CAAGGACAGGAUUUUGUUCCAUGUCGCGCGAUAGUACCAUAGCUGCAAGAGAUAUCGAUGUAGUUACUUUCUAAUAUUCCAAAUUGACGAACAAAUAGAGCCAUCCUGCCCAAUAUGGACCCACGCCGGCGUGCAGGGCCUAUGCAACCACACCUACGUGUUGCGUCAGGUCUAGGAAGCGCCGGAGGAAAGGUCUCUAAAGGAGUGAUACAAAAACCCAAACAGCCGAAACCACGAUCCACCGAAACCCCACCUUCCUCCCACCCAUCCCCAUCCUCGCCUCACACUUCCUCAAGUCCCGAUACUCCCUCCCCAACCCUGCGAUUACAACGAUCCCGCAUGUCUUCACCAUCCGGAACACCGAGAUAUAUGAGUUCAACCCAAAGUUUCGCGGCAAAAGUCGAUAGUUCACCUCGACCUGGUUCACCUCGAGGUGGCAGUCCUCAUGCAAGUUCACCUAGUAGAUCAAGUCGAAAUACGACGCCACGUGCGAUAGUGAGAGAUUCGCCAGCCAGCGUUGAUCUUCAAGUGGAUGUUUCGCCUGUGUCGUCAGUUGCGGACUCUGUACGUGGCGAAGGGCGGAAAAGGAAAGUCAGAUAUGUUGCAUCACGAUAUAUGGCAUCCACAACAUCCGCAGUGAGCAAACCCGCACCACAACCUGUACAUAGACCAGUUUCCAAACCUGUGACAGUCCGAUCGACGUUGACAAAGAGUGUUGUGGAGAGUCGACCUGAACGCCCGAAUGUGAGAAAAGUCUUGGGGGAACAAAAUCUGUUGCGGGAGAGGAAUGUGAUGGCGACGCCAGGUGUGGAAUUGAAACGGAAGAGCAUGGGACCGAAGAGCGUAGUCAAAGGAGGGCUUCGUGCGUCAGAGUUGGACGCACCUCGGUCCUCUUUGCGGCGUACCAUGGCAGAAACCCGGCCCUCAAAAUCUUCAUCACAAAUGCUGGCAAAAGCGGCUGCUGUCCCAUUGCCAGCAUCGCCCGUACCUUCCCUUGCGCCUCCGUCAGCACGUAAACAGUCGUCUCUAACCCAGUCGAAUCCAUCCAGAACAAAUUCAUCGACACCAAUCGAGGAUACCAUACUGGCACUUGAAAACCGCUUGUUACAGUGGACGUUUUUACGAGCGAAUGCCCAAAAGGCAUUUGAGGAGAAGAAGCGACAGGCUGAGGCGGAGAUUUAUACCUUUUGGCAGCGUGUAACAGAGUUACGGGAGGAAGUACAUGGUGAAGAGGAGACGGUGCGACAGAUGGAAGAGCUCGUGAAAGUUAUUGGACCUUUGAGGGAGCAGGAAAAAGCUAUUACAGAAGCUGCACAAGCUUUGGAAGCCUUUUCAAAAGGUUACGAUACUUUCAUGAAUGGAUUAAGAAGGAGUGUUGAUUGGCUUCCAAUGAAGGGGGUUAUGAUUUCUGAUGCUGAGGAACUGCGAAAUGUAUUGAAGGAUACUACCGAGGAGAUGCGGCAUGUUCUUCAGGAUGAAAAUGGGCAUAUUGAGCAGAUUGCCAUGCUCUCCAAUCGCUUAGCAGCCCUCCGGGACGCUAUCCAACAAACCACAACAGAAAUGGACGAAUGUGUAAAAUUGGCACAGGAACUGGCCAGGAUGGAACUUGUUGAAAAGAGUUUUGUAAUAGGGAGAUUACAGAUGAAUGAGAAGAAACGGGAGGGAUGGGCUUGGGAAGGGGAUUAGGGAGCUUUUAUAUAAUUUAAUAAUCUUGUGGAAUAAUGCUUAACAGUACGCUGUGUACAUGAAGAGAAAAC